AUGGGGGAGGCUAAUAUUGAAGACGUUGUUAGGAGAUUGAGCGAUACCAGAUCCAGUGCUCGGAAAGAGGCUCUUGAUGAACUCAAGUUCGUUCUCCAGCAGAACAAAGGCACCUCACGAAUAGACUGGCUUGGCGAUGAGGGUUUUCAUCAAAUCUAUGAAGCUCUUUUUCAAUCGAUUCGCAUUGAGCGUUCAGCAUACAUAAGCUCUUCCAAGUCCUCUAAGUCUUCCAAUGCGGCAAAUCGGCUAAGAGAUUGUGCACAUGUGUUUCGGCUGGCGGUAGAUAUUGGUGUCCGCAAGAUCACCUCGAAGACAGCAAAUGCGGUUAUCGACAAUGUCGUCGAGACGCUUCCUGUCACCCCAGACUCCUACUGUGACCCUCUCGGGGAUGACUAUUUCAAAAUUCUUAGAGCCGUCUUGAAUCACGCAGCGCAUGUGGAGCAUCUCCGGGAUAAAAAAUGGCGCACCCUCACGGACUUCCUCCUCCACGGAAUCUCACACUUUGCCUCGGAGGAUAAUAGUCCCUCUUCUGGACCUAAUGUCAGCAUGUUAAGUCAACAUUCUAGAAAUGGUCGGGUCACAUCGUUUAGAGUCAGCCAGAGCAGUGUUUCUCAUACAGCCCGGUAUGAGUCCGGCAGGCCGGUAGAAGACCUGUUGUUUUGCCUUGACCGCCUGACUGCGGCCACAAACGCACCAAUCUUGUUAAGAGCAGCUGCCAUUUCGGAAUCUGUGAUAAACUUUCUCGACUCAGCGUCUGCAGGCGGCUCAUUACAGCAAAUUGCCUUUAGCUGUAUGAAUAAUGUCAUGGCGAGGAUCAUUACGGAGGACACCAAACUGGCGCAAACGAUCUGUCUUGAAACAAUCCCUAUAAUUCGCAGGUUCUGGUCAUCUAAGAACAUUUUACUCCGUGACGAGAUGCUUAUCACGCUCGUGCUGAGCAGCGACAUCAUCAAAGCCGUACCGAACACAAAACCGAACGAAAACGUCUAUUCUUCUCUGAACAAUUUGUUAGAGGUGAUAUCUGCUGAAUACAGCCGCAGGAACGAAAGAGAUCUUCUGCAGCUCGAUGAGAUACUUUUUUCCGAGGACGAAACACAGCAAGUGAUGCACCUGGAGAAGUUUCGCGUACGUGCAGAACAAACAAGAGGCACGUUCAAUUGGGCCACUGUCGGAUUGAUCUCCUUCCUUACGCUCACUGUGGAUCAGCUUUCUCGAGUUCUGCAGAAAAGCAGAACAGAUGAUACCCCCAGUAAACGCCGUAAGCUGACGAGUGGUGUAGACGACGUCUUCCACCAAUCUCUAAUGGCUUCCACCUUGACAAAGAUUCGUGCUUUACAGACCGUUUCCUUUUUGCUAAAUGACUGUAUAGCGGUAGCUGACAAGUUUCUAAACUUCCUCGUCCAAUUUACCAAUCAGAUUCUGGACGAAGACCCGACUACUGCCGCUUGGACUAUGAUUGCAAUAUCCAGGCGAUCUGCAUUGAAGCCAGAAAUGAAAGCACAAUGGCUUCAGAUCUGGCAUCUGGCUGCUCGUAACCUGUCGAAUCCGAACGUGUCUCGACCUGCAGCUCAUCUCUUGAAUUCUAUCCUUAGAUCAAAUCUCCUCCAGUACACCGAUACAUCAACUCUAAUAGACACAACUGUGUUCUCUGAUGGCCUUAAUGGUCCCGUAGGAAUAUCUGACGCCGCGCUGUCACUCUGGUAUACUAUAAUCGAGUAUCAAUCAGCAGGGGGGCAACUGGCGCCACAACAGACUAUCGCUCGUUUUACAAACUGGCUUUCUACUUACUACACCUUGACACCUAAUAUCGAUCGCGCCACUUCGAAACAAAUCGCGCUUCAUGCUACUCCAAGGGCUGUUCUAGAGCUGCUUCUGCUUUGUACGAAUGUUGAAGUUCAUUUUCAUUGUGUAGACAGGCAAGUGGUCUCUAGCUCUGUUUUCACAGUUGCUUUCGAACUAUCCCGAAAUGCCGGCUUGUCCGAGUAUCUUAUCGGAGGGCAGGUUCUACAGAGAGCGAAGGUCAAGACUUCUUCUGAUGCUUAUGAAUUCAAUGAAAAAAACCGAGCAGCUCGUGACACGACCAACGAUCGUGGAGUCUUGGAAAUGCUACUCGUGAAGCUCCAAAACUUCCGAGAAGCUUGGAUCGCUCUGGCGAAAGAACGGGCUUCUAAUGUUAGUGCGGAUAUUGUUCAGAUUAUGGUGUCACUCAUUAUUGUUGGCGCAGUUCUGCCCAGGCUCCUAGGCAUUGAACGAAGUCACACUUGCAAAGAGCUCAAGCAUAGCGUUCAUCAAGCGUGGGCUCUUCUCAGUAGCUUCAUCCAGCGCUCGGAGGACGUUGGAUCAGUCAAUGCUGGUGUUGCAGCUGCUGCGGUUACGGCAAUCCGAUACACUAAAGAUCUGACGGUUGGAGAUCCGGUGUUGGAAAGUCUCUCAUUCAUGUUACUACCGCUCUUGAUUCAGCUUCGUCACACUACAGAGACAGCUGAGGGAUGCGAGAAAGACGACCUAAACAUUGUUGAUAUUGCAGAUUCAUUUGCGUCACACAGCAGUCAAGCCACCUCCGAUCAAAUUCUUCCCUAUGUAAACCGGAAAGAUUUGCCAUUCGCAACGGAACGCCACUACUUCCAACGUGAUAUGAUGCUGCAGCUACGUAUCAAUCUUGCUGCCGUUGAAGCAGCAAGUCUCUCCGAAGGGGAUGCUUUACCCGAAGUCCUCGAUAUUAUCAUCGAUCUUAAACCCGAAGACUUGCUCACGUCGCGUUCUUCAUUAAUGAUGUUUUUAGAGUCAUCCAGUUUGUCCAACUCUGAUGCUUGUCGAUUGCUUAAAAAGAUCGCUGAAGCCUGCAUUCAACAAUACGAAUUUGAGCGCUGUGAAGCUUCGUUGUGUCUUUGUCUCGAAGUACUGACUGUAAUUGCUGAGCUGUGGGUGAACGAGGGAGGCGACGAACUUCACGACGUUGCGUCUGACAUGUACAGAUGGUUCAUCAGCGUCCCACUUGGGAAAGGUCUUGCAUCGACCAGAGUCCUGAUCUGUUUGGCAAAACUUCUCCAGAGAGUGCUGAAUCUGAAUUUGACCUACAACAACGCAUCUUUACCGUCGAGCCGCACAAGUCUUUUUGAGAUCCUGCGGAGCGGCAACAAUAUUGUCAAGUUCCACGUGGCGAAGAACAUCUCACACAUUUUCGAACGAUUCAUACUGACUGAACAUACUGCAAUUCUCCAUGAUGUUGUCGAAGGUCUUCCUAAUGACUCUACAGACCUUGACGGUAUUGCUCUGCGCUUGUAUGUACUUGCGGAGUUAGCUGCCCGUUGGGCCACUCUUCUCCGACCGUCCGUAUAUCACCUGUUUGAGACUUCUGCUCAUAUCCCUCUUUCUGUUCCUUACGCACAAGGUUGUCUGCACAAGAUUUCGUCGACUCUCGGACUUGAAUCUCCGCGAGCUCUGUUCGAUCUCUUCGCCCCCCAGUUACUCUACACGUGGUUAGAGACAGAAAGCCUUGAGUCUAUACCUUUCUCGAUAUAUGGUUUUCAGACCCUUACCGAGCUGAUCACAGAUGUGCAGGACGAGGCCGUUGGCCAGAUCGUCAUGCGAGCAAAUAAAGAUCUUGCCAGCAGGCUUUCAGAAAUCAUGCAAGCUCCUUUUGACACGAUGCUCGAAGCUUCGUUUCCUAGAGCCGAAGCUUACAGUGUCGCUAGGGAUAUCAGCAUGCCUCCUUCGAAGGAUAAUGCUUCAAAAAGCACCGAGUCACAGGUUCGAAAACAACUUGGCACGGACAAAUAUCUCCGUCUUGUGUCCCUUUCAUUCCCUCAAAUUGUCGCUAACUUAUUCAUGACUUUGAGCGAUGAGCACGAAAUGGAGCGCGCCCUGACAAAACGCUCGGAACUCGGACAGGCACUCACGAGGCUGCAGUCAAUGUAUCGGCUAAGCGCCUCAAAAAUAAUUCUGCCGCCUGGGCAGCAACCGUCGUUUCGCGCAAAAUACCUUCUUGACGAGCUCGAGUUCCUGUGCCAGCGUGUUGGUAAAGACCUAUCAAAAAUGUGGACUGCGCCGCUUGUAGUUCAUGUCUGCAGAAAUCUGUUUGACGCGGUAAUUCCCGCACUUGGAUCACUUCACGCAUGCUCCAUGCUUCGUAAGAUCCGAAUACUUGUUGCUUUAGCAGGUCAGGAAGCAUUGGAAGGUUACGCAAUGGAAAUGUUGUUACAAUCUCUACAACCUUAUCUCACCAAGUUUUAUUGUGCAGAAGAUGCUCUGGGCAUAUUCUGGUACCUCCUUGACGAAGGUCGCGAUUAUCUACGCCGCAACCUGUCGUUCCUUUGUGAAACUGGUUUAACGACAAUUUUAUCGCUCUCUGUGUUCUUGAGCUCUCCACAAGACAGUACAACACAGGAGUCCCACUAUUUGUCCACUCUUUCCAUCACACAGUCCUUUCACAAGUGGUUUGUACAGUUCCUAUCCAGUUUUCCGGACAAGACUCAUGCAGCCGACGAUGCCAAUGUAUUCAAGACGAUCAUCACUUAUGCGGGUGACGUGCGACCUCCUGGUCGUGCAGACAAGGAUAGCGCGGAGGGUAACCUACUCUUGCAGUUAUUCGAGGCCCGUACUUCAGGGCGAAAGAUGCUCAGCCCCACAGCUUUCGAAAGGGCUGUACGCAUUCUAUGUAAACGAUUCACCCGGCCAGCAAAGCCCGAAGAAGACAUCUUAGGGCAAGAUUCAGUAGCUAUACGGCAUGCGAAGGUCCUUUACGGUUUGUUUGGAGAGAUUGACGUGGCCGAUGAAUUCUGGACCUGGUGUGCCGAAGCUCUAGGCCGCGCAUAUGCUGCGAACGGGAAAGUCGACUCCACGUUAACGAGGGAGCAACCUCAAGAGCUGUUUGAUUCAUCGACAUUUGGCAGCGCAUCGUCUAGAAUAUCCAGGUCUCUUGUUGUUGACCGACUUAUCAAUCUUCUCCGUAGCGAUGAUUAUACAGCGGCGAGUCUAGCGGAGAAGACUCUACAGCAGGUGAUAACACACGCCGCACAGCAGGCGACUCUCGAUGAUUAUGAAGAUUGCUUCGACCUUGGGUUGAUACGAGCCCUCAACUGGCAUCCGUCCCCUCUUCCCGACAUGAAAAAAUCCAAAAUGGACACAUUCACAACAGAUGAGCAUGCAACAUUGAACACCGCUAUCUCACUGGCGAACUGGGCGUCGCAGUUUAUGGUAUCACUGAUUUCCGCAGUUGAACAAGAUUGUCUACUCGGUGCUCUACCACCUAUCUUGUCCCAAAUACCCAGUCUAGCUAUCCGCGUCAUGCCAUUCGUCGUGCAUGCCGUCCUAGCCGCAGACAACAGACAUCGCAGGCCUCAUCGUCAACUUGUUUCUCAAGCCUUCUUGGAUGUACUUCUGAACAAUUCACCGUCAGUGGCCAACCAACGCCGAUUGGUUUUAACCACGCUGUUAUAUCUCCGUUGUCAGCCAUUGCGAAGGGAGACGACAAUCGCGGAUCGGAGUUCGUGGCUAGACAUUGAUCUUGCCACAGCGGCAUCAGCAGCGACUUCCUGCGCACUUUACAAAUCUGCGCUCCUGUUGCUCGAAUUGCACGCAUCUCAGCACGCUAGUCAGUCGAGUAGAACGUCGCGACGAUCUUUAUCAGCCAAAGCUAAUGAGUCGCCUGAUCUCAUGCGCCAGAUAUACCAGAACUUAGAUGAUCCAGACUUUUUUUAUGGCAUGCAGGAAGAAGCUUCAUUAAGUUCAAUAAUCCGCAAGCUCAGCCACGAAGGGGACGAUUUCAAGAAUCUCUCUUUUCAGAGCGCUUUGUUUGAUUCAGACAUCAAAGUGCAUGACAAUGAUGACCAUUCUGGACUUCUCAGAGCUUUAGUCUCCGCAAAUAUGAAUGGUGUUGCUCGUGCUGUCCAGACUCAGCUGAGUCCCGAUGUUGGCCAGCGAAGUGUUGCCAUGCAGAAUGUGUCAGAAACUGCUUUAAACCUGCAUCAGUGGGAACUACCCGCUUCAUCAACCGCGGCUAACCCUUCUACAGUCCUCUUUCAGGUUCUCCGUACCGCCAAUAUCUCACUCAAUUUCACGGAGAUUCCAAGGAGACUGGAUGCUGCUUUACUCACCUUGGGCAAAAGUAUUGCACAAGACCACAACACCGGCAACGAUUUACGUCAGUCGAUGUCUGCGCUGGCAGCCCUCACUGAAAUCAAAGAGGCACUUUGUUUGAGGGGUUCGGAUGAGCUGGCAGCAUAUUGGCAGAAGCUUGAAAAGAGAGAAGAGUGGCACGAAACCGAGAAUUUUGGUAAUAUUUCUCUCAUACUUGCUGGUCGUGAAGCUUUUUUCUCGACUGUCAAAAAGCAGAACUAUCUGGCAGCUACGAUGCGUCUCGAUCCGGUUGACUGUCACAUCUUUGAGGUAAAGUGCAUUCGCCAUUCAUUGAAGCUAGCUCGAAGUCACGCGGCUCUGCAGCCUGCACUCAAUCGAGCAAUGUAUCUCUCCAUUCUAGUGAAUGAGAGUGCUACCCUUGGCCUUGCAAUUGGCGAUGUAGCCUUGCACGAUUUCGCUGGAGUGCUUUGGGACCAAGGUGAUAUGAUGGCGGCUAUACAAAUGCUGAAGCAGUUGAAAGGUAAUUCUGAAGGCAGCAAACAGGCUAUCAUUGUGAGCCGCCCAGCUUUGCUGGCAGACAUGGGUCAUCGCAUUGCAGACGCUCGACUGGAACGGCCUGAUGAGAUCAUUACCAAUUACCUCUUGCCCGCCAUUAAAGAUCUCAGAGGUAAAGGAGAGGGCAGGGAGGCUGGAAGAGUCUAUCAUGAAUUCGCCUUUUUCUGCGAUCAACAAUUACAAAGUGCAGACGGGCUGGACGAGUUCUCUCGAGUCCAGAAAAUCCGAGAACAGAAGGAGGCCGAGGUAAAAGACCUUGAGAGAAUGGUAGACAAGGCCCAGGGUAAGCAGAAGGAGCAAUUGACAGUCCACUACGUCAAAGCAAAACAAUGGUAUAGGCUCGAUGACGCCGAAUAUCAGCGACUAAAGCGUACGAGGGAAAGCCUUCUGCAGCAGUCUCUGGAGAACUAUCUUCUAUCACUUCGAGCUUGUGACGACUUUGUAAAUGACGUCCUGCGUUUCUGCGCCAUGUGGCUUGACAACUCGGGCAAUCCAGCUAAAGAUGUGGCUGUUGGGAAGUAUCUUCCUGAAGUGGCAAGUCGAAAGUUUGUUCCUCUGAUGAACCAACUUUCUUCUCGUCUGCUCGAUAGCCUCGAUGAGUUUCAAGAACACUUGUUCCAUCUGCUGCUUCGAAUAUGCACAGACCAUCCAUUCCAUGGCAUGUAUCAGAUAUUUGCAAGCAGCAAGUCCAAGGGUGGGAAGGAUGACCUCGCGCUCUCUCGACAUGCUGCUGCAAAUCGACUCUCCGAGGAGCUCCGAAAAGGACCUGCCAGCAACAUCUGGGUGGCUAUCCACAAUUCUAACAUCUCGUUCAUCAGAUUUGCUCUCGACCACUUGCCAGAUACCAAGGAGCACAAAUCUGGUUCCAAAGUACCACUCGCGGAGAUCCCGUCAGGUCAGAAAUUGGUCCAAGAAAUCCUGAACCUGACUACCAAGAUCCCGCCACCAACUCUGAAGAUCCCUAUACGCCCAGACUGUGAUUAUGGCUCCGUCCCGGUUCUCAAACAGUUUGAGCCCGAUUUCACUGUUGCCGGGGGCGUCUCCGUUCCCAAGGUGAUCACUAUCCUUGCCUCGGAUGGCAGCCGCAUGAAAGCACUGCUCAAAGGCGGCAAUGACGACCUCCGCCAGGAUAGCAUUAUGGAGCAGGUUUUCGAGCAGGUGUCCAAUCUCCUCAGAGAUCAUCGCGAGACCCGCCAGCGCCAACUCGGCAUCCGAACCUACAAAGUCCUGCCGUUGACCAUGAAUGCCGGCAUCAUCGAGUUCGUCUCCAACACCAUCCCCCUCCACGAUUACUCACUCCCUGCCCAUCAAAAAUACUUCCCCAACGACUGGAAAGCCACCAAAUGCCGCGUAGAAGUUGGCAACGCGCAAUCGAGAUCCGUAUCCACGCGCAUCCAAGUGUUCCGUAACGUCUGCAGCAACUUCCAACCGGUCCUGCGCCACUUCUUCUUCGAACGCUUCCUCAACCCAGACGACUGGUUUGCCAAACGCCUCGCCUAUUCCCGCUCCACAGCCGCAAUAUCCAUCCUCGGCCACGUCCUCGGCCUGGGAGAUCGCCACGGGCACAACAUCCUCCUCGACGAACAGACGGGCGAAGUCGUGCAUAUUGACCUGGGCGUCGCUUUCGAAGCCGGCCGAGUCCUGCCCGUACCGGAAGUGGUCCCCUUCCGCCUGACGCGGGACAUCGUAGACGGGAUGGGUCUGUCCGGCGUCGAGGGCGUCUUCCGCCGCUGCUGCAACUUCACCCUCGAAGCCCUACGCCAGGACCAGUAUUCCAUCAUGACCAUCCUCGACGUCCUGCGUUACGAUCCGCUGUACUCGUGGUCCAUCAGCCCGCUGCGGCUGAAGAGGAUGCAGGAGAAGACGAAAGCGCCGGAGGGUGAGCGCAGAGACGAUGGGGCGGGCGAAGGCAUGACGGCCCUGGCGAACAAGAAGGCGGUCAAUAACCCCAGCGAGGCGGAUCGCGCCUUGACGGUCGUGUCGAGGAAGCUGGGGAAAACUCUCAGUGUGGAGGCUUCGGUCAAUGAGCUGAUUCAGCAGGCGGUGGAUGAGAGGAAUCUGGCAGUGCUGUGGGGUGGCUGGGCUGCUUAUGCUUGA